CCACUUUCUUCACACCCUCGAUUCUUUCUCAAGCGCCUUUAGGCCCUCUAUAUACUAACACAUACUCACUCACUCCAAAACUCACUCUCUCUCUCUCUGGUCUGCACCUUUCCCGCCACUUCUCUCUCUCUCUCUCUCUCUCUCUCUCUCUCUGUGCCGCUGUGCGUGUGCGUGUGUGUAAAUCCUCGUCAAGAUGUUGUGGGUAGACAAGUACAGGCCGAAAACCCUAGACAAGGUCAUCGUACACGAAGAUGUGGCCCAAAACCUCAAGAAAUUGGUAACAGAACAAGAUUGUCCCCAUUUGUUGUUCUACGGUCCACCUGGUUCUGGAAAGAAAACCCUAAUAAUGGCCUUACUGAGGCAGAUGUUCGGGCCGAGUGCCGAGAAGGUUAAGGUAGAAAAUAAGACUUGGAAAGUGGAUGCUGGAACAAGGACUAUUGAUUUAGAUCUUACAACAUUAGCCAGCACGUACCAUGUGGAACUCAAUCCAAGUGAUGCAGGGUUUCAGGAUAGAUAUAUUGUUCAGGAAAUAAUAAAAGAAAUGGCAAAGAACAGGCCAAUUGAUACGAAAGGGAAGAAAGGAUUUAAAGUGUUGGUGCUUAAUGAGGUUGAUAAACUCUCAAGAGAAGCUCAGCAUUCUCUUCGGCGGACGAUGGAAAAGUACAGUGCCUCUUGCCGGCUGAUUCUUUGUUGCAAUAGUUCUUCAAAGGUUACCGAAGCAGUCCGUUCUCGUUGUCUGAAUGUGAGGAUAAAUGCACCAACUGAGGAACAGAUUGUGAAAGUGUUGGAGUUCAUUGGAAAGAAAGAAGGGCUACAACUUCCAUCUGGAUUUGCUGCCCGUAUAGCAGAAAAGUCAAAUCGGAGUUUAAGAAGGGCUAUUUUGGCAUUUGAGACUUGCCGCGUACAACAGUAUCCUUUCACGAGUAACCAAGCCAUACCUCCAAUGGAUUGGGAGGAAUAUGUUUCUGAGAUCGCAUCAGACAUAAUGAAGGAGCAAAGCCCAAAAAGGCUCUUUCAGGUUCGUGGGAAGAUAUAUGAGCUACUCAUUAAUUGCAUUCCUCCUGAGACUGUAUUGAAGAGGCUGCUCUUUGAACUACUGAAGAAAUUGGAUGCCGAAUUGAAGCAUGAAGUGUGUCAUUGGGCUGCAUAUUAUGAACACAGGAUGCGCCUCGGACAGAAAGCUAUCUUUCACAUUGAAGCAUUUGUAGCCAAGUUCAUGAGCAUUUAUAAGGGUUUCUUGAUCGCAACAUUUGGCUGAAGUGAUCUCUCCUCUUGUUUGCUUUUCCAAGUGGCCUUUUGUGCAUGGGAAGCUAUGGGAGGUGCUUGUAGACGUCAUUUUGCUUCAUCCCUUGUCUUGAUGAACUUUCAUACUUCACUGCACCAUUUGAGAGAGAAUUUUAUUUCUGUUUUGUAGUUAUUAUAGUUAUCAGCUUAAUCUAGUCAAGUGAGCAUGUUUUCACAAGUAGAGGAUCUUUCUGUCCUUCCUGUUAAGGUUUCAAAGGGUCUCUCAAAUGCUGCUUGGUAUGACUUGGUUUGUGUCCAUUAAGCAUGUGAUUCAUACAUUAUGAAACUGUCUCAGGUGUUAUGGAAGAGGCCACAUUUUUUGCAA